AUGCCGGCCAACACAGAAAAAGACGUAGCAACCAUCGAGUUUGCCAGAACUCUCCAAAACACCCCAUGGUGCGAUGACUACGAGAAGAUGAUCUCAGGCGUCCUGUACAACUGCCUGGCACCCGAGCUGGUCCAAGGCCGCUUCCGCGCCCGCAGGUUCAUGCACAAAUACAACAACUACUUCCCCGAAGACGCCACCGCCGAUUCCCUAUGCGCAGACCGCGAGCAGAUGCUCAGGGGCAUCCUCGGCAGCGUGGGCACGUCGCCCUUUGUCGAGCCCCCAGUCAACAUCGACUACGGCUGUAACGUUUCGGUGGGCGACGGCUUUUAUUCCAACUUCAAGUAA